CUUUCUCUGUGAUUACUCAGUGGGAUGGAAGUGUUUCCAUUGUGUGCACAAGUUUGGGAGCAUGGGCCCAGGUUCAAAUUUAAGACCCAUCUGCAUUAUACAUUUAAAGCAGUAUCAUACCACUUUAGACAACCAUGACUUCCCUGACGGAAUCCUGUGCUGAGCAUUGUUAGGAGACCCCAAAGUCCCCUCACAGAGCUACAAUUCUGAAGAGAAUGCACCAAAAUAUUUGUGGCAUCUUCUCACUGAUAUGCACAUUUUGUGUGGUAUUCAAGGUACAUGAGGAUUUUGAAUUCUGCACUUGUUAAAAUGCCAGAUCCGCCCCCACAAACCACAGAAAAGCCAUAAUCUGCAGUUAGAAUAAAUGAUGUUCAUUUAUUUUUGCACAUAUUAAUUUGAUUUGCGCAUUUCCUUAUUGGUCAUGUUCUUGAAGGUGUGUCUGCAUAUACGUCUGCAUAUACAGAAUUUGAAAUGGUUUUUCUAUGCAUUUUGUUGCAGCUACGGGGAAUUUGUUUAAGAAUGUUGAGAGGUUGGGGAAAGAGACAAGGGAGAUAUUAAAAGCAGAAAGAUGAGGAGUAGGGCUUGGGGAAGGGGAAAGACCUUGAUCUGAAGAUUAACCCCCCCCACACACACACCCCUCACAAACACACACAACACACCUAGUGCUACUUACCGGUACAUAAUUUCUUGUUCUGCCCACAAUUAUGAGGAGUGGUAUUUGGUUAUGUUCAAGGACAAAUCCUGAUGAUUCAAUAAUGCUUGUUCUGACUUUUUAGUGUCCUCUUCUACAUACUCUCUGGUACUUGUGUAUUCCUCAGCCUCAAGAGGGUUGCCGGCUUUUAAAUCAGUCUCUGUAGCUGUGCCUUUUUAAUGAUUGCUUAGUUUACAUGCAGCUACGCACCAAUGAGAGCAGCAUCUCUCUGCAGUAAAGAGAAGGCUCCUAAGCUUUGAAGCUUUGCAUCUAAUAGAGUCAAUUCCACAAAAUGUAACUUCCUCUCUCUCCCUCCCACCCUCUCCACACUCUGCGGCACCAAUGUAGGAAAAGCCACAUGUGUAUUAUUAUUAUUUGGGGGGGGGGGGUGUUUGUAGAAAUGCUUGCUAUGAAACCUGGCAGCUCCACAUGGGGCAUAUUUGGAGCAGAAAGCCUGAGCUCCCCCAUUUUGUGCGGGUGUGAAGUGAGCUCUGUGCCUUUCCAGAAUGCCAGCUCCAGCGAGAGCCUGCUUUAGUUCUGCACAUCUCACUGCUGUUAGGCUGCCAGUGAAAGAGUAGACCAGCUGGAAACCAGUGUAUCUAUGCUAGGCAUGCCCAUCGGUUUACGUGGAUCAACUCUGAGUAGAGUAGCGCACUGCACGCGACAACUAUACUUUUAUAUCGAGAUUUGUAGCAUGUUGGCAUUAAGGAUUUAAUCCUUUGGAUUCCUAUGCUCUGCAAAGGGUAAGCUGCUUUGGUGAGAUGUUUCACUCCCUUCCUCUCCGCCCCAACUGUAUUUCUGAGCAGCAGAGGCAAGAAGCCUGCAAGGAGAAAAGAGCAGAGGUCCCCGGCUCCUGGUUUAGCCUGUGAUCGCUUUAGGCAGGGAUCACCCACCUUCUCGUGUCCUCCUCGCUGCCCCUUUAAGACCCAACUUUCUCUCUGCUCCGCUCCCUCAUCAAAACACCAGCAACACGUGCCUGCUCACGUGUUCCCAAUCCCGAGCAGUCUCCUGUUCCCCCUCCCGCCGCCUCGCCAUUGGCCAAAACUGGGUCAGGCUCCUCCCAUCUGCUGCUCUGCUAUUGGCCAAAUCUAGGUCAGAGCCCCACCUGCCCCAUGGCAGGCGCACAUGACAGAACGGGAAGGGCGCGGGACGGGGGAGCUGUGUUUGCAAAUCUCGGGCUCUUGGGCUGCCGAUUGGAAGAGAAGGUCGCUCUUAGCUCCGCCCAUUGGGCCCUCGCGGCUCCUCCCACUUCGAAUGUUGCAAAAGGAGGGGGGAAAGACCCAAGACAGUUGCAAAGUGCUUAGAGGAAAGUAACUGGAGCAAUUUUUAUUUAUUUGUAAUUUUUUUUAAUUAAAAAAAAAUUGGUUGUAGAUUCGCAUUUGGGGGAAAGCCGAGGCGAAGGAUUCUGGAAAGCGGCAGGAUCUGCUUUCGGUUUCCCUUUAUUUUUAUAAUAAUAAUAAUACUGAUUAAUAAUAAAAGGAAGGUGCGAAGAGGUUCCCCUACACUCGGAUUCCCUCAUUGCCUGCGGAGAAGACGGGGUCUCCCCUCCCCAUUUAUAGAUCAUCACGGGCAUCCCUUUUCCAGCCUAUUUAGGAUCUGACUGGAAGAAAAAGCAGCGGAGAUCACCCGCCGCUGCCGCUGCUGCUGCAACUGCGAGAUCCUUAGAAAAGGGAUCGACUGGACAUUUUGGAUUUGCUGACUUUUCCGUUUUCCUUUGGCGCCUUAAAUCUGCUUAAGCUCUCCGAAAGCUGGUGACUUUUAAUUCUAGGGGAAAUAAUUUUGUUCUAGCAAGAUUGGAAAUACAACCCUCCCGUUCCCUAGGGAAAUCUCGUUGGAUCUCAGGAACUCUUUACUCCACCCCGCUCCACAUUUUCCAAUAACUUCAUCGCAAAUAUAUAUAUAUAUUUCUUUUCUUUGCUCAUCUUUUGUGGAGAUUUUCAGAGCCUGUUGGCUGCUAAUUUUGGAUCGGAGUGAGGCAAGGUGGGGGCCAUCGCCUGCCCCUCCGGAGGCUUGUUUCCAGGCUGGUGGCAGGAGAGAGAGAAGACAGCCGCCUCCUUUAAAAUAAAAAAUCGCACCCCCAAACCUACACCUCAACUUCCUUUUCCAGUCGAGCAUCUAAUCGGUGAAUCUCCCUCGGGGGUAUCUGCUGCUGUUUUCCACAAGGACCAUUUUGUUUUUAUUCGUUGUCCCUUGCUUGACACCAUAGAAGGGCGAAAAAAGCAAUUUUCAGCGGUGGGCACCUCCUGGAUCUUCGUGUUGCUGUUGCUGCCGCUUUCGCUAUGGCCCGCCCAGCCACACAAAGUAGCCCGGCUCCUAGCCCAAUGCUCGCCUCUCCUCCUUUGGGACUAGCCACCCCGAGCUCCGCGAUGGUCAGUCUCAAGAGCCUCCUUCAGGGACCGGUCAAAAGUCCCGACCGCCGAGGGGCCAAGGACCUGGGCUCAUGUGUCAUCAAAGACAAGGAACGCAAAAUGGAGGACGACCUGAGCAUUUCGCGGCCUGGGCACUGCGCCUACCUGGGCUCCCUUUUGUGGGAACGCACGCUGCCCUACAACGAGAUUGAAUAUGUUGACUUGGACGAGUUUUUGCUGGAAAACGGGCUGCCCCCGAGCCCAGCUCACCAGCCCUUCUCGCCGGGCAGCCAACCCACUGCCUCGCCUUCCAGUGGGGUGGUGGUGGACCUUAGCCGCCCGGCCUCUUGUGCGUCGUCAUCUUCCAUCUGCUCCUCGUCUGGCGAAGGCCUAGUGGGUAGCGAUUACGACCACCACGGCAGCAGCAGCCAAACAGGUCCCGUAACACCUGUGUCCCGAAGCACGCCCAGCCCUGUGGACCCCGAGGGCGUGGAGGUCCUCAUGAACUUUGACCCUGACCCUGCCGACUUGGCACUGUCGAGCAUCCCGGGGCACGAGACCUUCGACCCCCGCAAGCAUCGGUUCUCCGAGGAGGAGCUCAAGCCACAGCCCAUCAUGAAAAAAGCACGGAAAAUACAGGUCCCGGAUGAUCAGAAGGACGAGAAAUACUGGAACAGGCGGUACAAGAACAACGAGGCAGCCAAACGUUCGCGGGACGCCCGCCGCCUGAAGGAGAACCAGAUCACGGUCCGGGCAGCCUUCCUGGAGAAGGAGAACGCCGUCCUGCGCCAGGAAGUGGCCAACAUCCGCCAGGAACUGACCCGUUACCGCAGCAUCCUCUCCAAGUACGAAUCGCAGCACGGCACCUUGUAAGGCCCGCGGCAGCAGACGGCCGCGCUCUUCUCCACCGCUCCACCGCUCUGACGCGGUGGGGCCACCCUGGUUUUUCAACCCUGACCCCCCCGUCUUCCCGAACCGGGCAAACAAAUAAUCAAACAACAGAUGUUUGGAAUAAGGGGAAAGGUCCCGAGGCGGACGAUUCCCCACGUGCGGGGACUGCCGUGCUCCGGGUGCUCGACAGAAGGGAUAAGACUUCCUGGGUUUGGCCUGAGCUGAC